CGGCUAUGUCUAGCAGCCAGCUGCAGAGACCAAGAUGUGUUCUCUGAUUACAGGACAUCCUCAGCCCUAAGAAGUCAUACAGGAGUCAAAGACUGAAGCAGCCCUGCUGGGUUUUCAACAAUGCCUCAAGCGGUGGAGUGCACCCCCUGGAGGUGGCUGAAGGAGGGAAGGGAGUCGCGGAAACUGGUUCUGGUGGUCGUGUUUGUCGCUCUGCUGCUGGACAAUAUGCUGCUCACUGUUGUGGUGCCAAUCGUCCCCACCUUCCUCUAUGCAACAGAAUAUGAAGGUGCUAACAGCUCUGCUUCCCAGAACUGGAUCAUGGCAGCUCCUGCAGCCUUUGCAGCUCCUCCCUUCUCCUCCAUGUUCUCUUACUUUGACAACACCACAGUGACUGUCUCAGACGACAUGGCUGUCAACACCACAGUGGGGGUGAACAGGACAGAAAACAGCAGCCUGCCUCAGCUCACUGGGGCCAGCCUGCCACCAAAAAACAGCUGUGUAGAUGGUGAGGCAUUCCUCAUGGAGGAGAACGUGCGCGUUGGACUGCUGUUUGCCUCGAAGGCUCUUAUGCAGCUCAUAAUCAAUCCAUUUGUGGGUCCCCUGACUAACAGGAUAGGAUACCACAUUCCCAUGUUUGCUGGAUUCAUCAUCAUGUUUCUCUCUACAGUCAUGUUUGCUUUCUCAGGUACCUACACCUUGCUGCUUAUGGCUCGAGCGCUCCAGGGCAUUGGAUCAUCCUUUUCAUCUGUCGCAGGCCUGGGAAUGCUGGCAAGUGUGUACACAGAUGACUAUGAGAGAGGAAAUGCUAUGGGGAUAGCAUUAGGAGGUCUGGCAUUGGGGGUGCUUGUUGGGGCUCCUUUUGGAAGUGUGAUGUACGAGUUCGUUGGAAAAUCAGCGCCCUUUCUGAUCCUGGCAUUCUUAGCCCUUUUGGACGGAGCUUUACAGCUGUGCAUCCUGCAGCCGUCUAAGAUUUCCCCCGAAAGCACCAAAGGCACCCCCGUAUUCACUUUGCUGCGAGAUCCCUACAUCCUGGUUGCUGCAGGUGCCCUGUGCUUUGCUAACAUGGGAGUGGCAAUGCUGGAGCCCACGUUACCCAUCUGGAUGAUGCAAACCAUGUGCUCCCCAAAGUGGCAGCUGGGGAUGGCAUUCCUGCCUGCCAGCAUAUCUUACCUUAUUGGCACCAACCUCUUUGGGGUGCUGGCCCACAAAAUGGGGCGGUGGCUGUGCUCCCUGAUUGGAAUGGUUGUGGUGGGGAUUAGUCUCCUUUGUGUGCCUCUUGCGCAAAAUAUUUAUGGACUGAUCGGCCCAAACGGUGGGCUUGGCUUUGCCAUAGGCAUGGUGGAUUCCUCGAUGAUGCCUAUUAUGGGAUACCUGGUGGACCUUCGUCACACCUCUGUCUAUGGUAGCGUCUAUGCCAUUGCUGAUGUUGCCUUCUGCAUGGGCUUUGCUAUCGGUCCAUCUACAGGAGGUGUGAUUGUACGGGCUAUUGGGUUUCCCUGGCUGAUGGUCAUCAUUGGAGUGACCAACAUUGCUUACGCCCCUCUCUGCUGGUACCUGCGAAGUCCUCCAGCUAAAGAGGAGAAGAUUGCAAUUUUAAACCAGGAAUGCCCCAUGCAAACCAAAUGCUACGCCACCCAGAAACCUCUGCGGGAAUUCCCCCUGUCAGAUGGUAGUGAAGAGGAGGCAGAGAGUGAGGAAUAGCAGGAGCAAAGAUAAGCUCUUGCUCUGAAGCUGUGUCAAGUUUACAAAACCCUGGACAUCUUAUCAAAGAAGACUAACCCAGAGACCUCCCUCCUGACAGCCAACAAGAUCCAGGAAUCCUGGCUUCAUUAAUCUGCCAUUCUCAUAGCACUGGGUGGUCAGGCUGUUUACAGGAAGCAAUUGAGAGCCAGGGCUCCUGGUUUCGGAUUCCUGGCUAUUCUCAUCUGCUGUGUGCACUUGUGCAACUCACUUAACCUCAUUAUGUCUCAUCUAUGAUAAGGGAUUAAAAGGAGGUGGGGUCAGCCCAUACUAUCCUAGAGAAAAGCAGUCAUGUAGUGCAAUCUACCCAGCUGUGAUAUGUGCAUAGUACCAACCUACCUCACAGGGGUGUUGUGAGGCUGUUAAUUAAUGCCUGUGAAGUGCUUAUGCUUCUUGGAUGAAAAGCACUAAAGGGCAAAAUACUAUCUCCAGGGGAUUUUCGUCUCUGGGGAUCCUAUUAUAAUCUCCAGCUUGGA